CCGGUGCGCACGCCACACCGCCCAAGCUCCAGCCGGAAAACGCUCCUGACAAAAAAACAUCCGGAUAGAACUUCAAUUUGGCUCCAUAUGGAAUGUAAAUUCAACCGUAUCCAGUUAGACAACCAAUCACAUUAAUGCGUCAGGCUAGAUGUGCCUUUACGUUUGAAUACGUCUCAUCCACCAGAGGAAUUUUGUUUGUGCUUUUCUUUUGAUGUCGUGGUGCAAAACCGUCAUCUUUAGAAGUAUUGUCUUUUUUAAAACCGGAGUUACUCAAAAGCAACUCAGAUGGAUAUGGUAUUAAACCUUCUCCAGCAGUACAGGCUGGAUGCCUACCAUGACAAAUUCCUCACUUUGGGCGUCCAAGAUGAGAGAGAUUUCACUGAUGGUGUGAAUGUUGAAGAUCUAGACAAAAUGGGUUUCAGUCAAGUGGAGAAGAAUCGCUUUGAAAAGAUGAGGGAUUUCAUCCGAGGACUCAGUGCCCCACAGCAAGCAGUGGCUGUUCGAAAACCAAAGCAGGCUUUCCGUCUGUGGUACAUGUACCCCCGUUGUCCUGAGCCCAAAGACCUCCAAGACCUGGAUCCGGACCUAGACACAGUUGAUGAUCUGAUGUUGAAGAUUGGUCGCCAGGAGAACAUUGGAAACUCUACAGCUGUGUGCCUCUUCACAUUCGAGGGAAUGCCAUUAACUGAUGAUCCUUUCUUCAACACAUGGUCUUUGAAGGACAGGCACAUAGAAAAUGGAAAUGAGCUUUAUGCCAUAUUUACACCCAAGGAGAACUUGAGUCCAGCUUUGCCAAUUCAACCCAAAGAAAUGACAGACACGUUGGACAAGGGCAAUGUUCGAUGUCACGUCAUGCUCAAGGGGGACUAUGAGGUCACGGUGGACUUGGCAAGGGGCACCCUAUGUGAUUUGAGACAGAAGCUUUCAGAUAAAAGUGGAAUCCCCGCAAAUGUUCUUCUUUACAAAAGUGAACUUGGCGGUGUUGGACAAACUUUGCAAGAGGCUGGAAUUGAUGGGGAAUCGACUGUGCACUUUUAUUUGUCCUCAUUCCCUGAUGAGUACCAUCAAGACAAGAACAGCAACUUCUUCUGUGAUGUUGUGCCCUUAGUGGAACAAACCCAGAAAGGACUCAGUGCUUUUUUUUCUUCACUUUAUGCCAAUGCAAUGGAAAGGGUGGCUGAUGAUCGACAUGAGGAAGUGUCUACAUAUAUUCGAAAGCUCAGUGGAUGCAGUCCUUUGGCCCAAAGUCUGUAUACUGUGUUGCACAGAAAUGAGAUUGGAACAAGGACUCAGAAGAUUGCCAUUGUUGAAGGUCUUUACACCCUAUUCCGAGAGCUCUUGCCAAGUAUCCACAAAAGAAGAGGUGAUAAGAUCAUUAGAGACUCUGAGGUCUUUGAGAAUGCGCCAGUUUGCUGGGCCUACUUGUUUUCUAAUGCAAAGAAAGAGAAUUUUCCACAUGAUGUCUACGUACCAGUAGUCUUGACCUUUGAACGGAAAGAACGGUUCCGUGAACCCGUUAAAGUUCCUGGAACAACAGUUGUCUUUGAAAGAGAGUAUGUCCUGCAGAAAAUCAAAGAUGGAGAGAGAAUUCCACACUGCUCUGUCAAGAACCUGAAAGAGUCAUCAAUUUCGAGAGCCACUGAUGUUGAAAAGAUUUUGCUCAGUCUGCCUCCAUUCAUCAAAACCUUUCCCAAGUGGGAUCCAUCUGGAUUUGUGACUAGUCAAAACUUUCAGAUUGAUGUUGCUGAGACGUUUGCCGAGAUGAGCGAAGAAGUGAAAGAAUACUGUCAUUUAAUGGUGACUCCUCCUCUACACUUGAAGGAUGUUGGAGUGACAGGACCACGUCUCAUUCUCUUGGAAGAAGAUAACCUUGGUGUUUAUUAUUGUAAACUAAAAGGUUCACCUCAGGAUAUCAUAGUUUUUGAUUGCUUAGCCAUGAAAAAUAAAACGAUCGAUCCGGACAAGUUGGCAAAUACAAUGAGAGACACCAGAAGUGACCAGACUUUCAUGAUCACCAGGACGCCAAAGGAGGCAAUACUGGUGAUGGUGGAUUCAAGCUCCUCCAUGAACGAGACAUCCUAUGACUCAGAUGACAAAAUGACACGGUUGGACGCUGUGAAACAGCUCUUUGAUAACUUUGCAACCAGAACCAUGGCUUACAAUUUCCAUCAUGUCAUUGGCUUGGUGAAGUUUGACACCUCAGUUAAAACUCUCCACACGUUUACAGAGAAUUUAGAGACCUUUAAGGAACAUGUACACACCCUCAAGGCCGAUGGCUGCACUGUUCUUUACGACGCCUUAAAACGCGGCAUGUUACAACUGAAAGAAGUUGGCGAGCAGUUCCCAGACUGCAGACUUCGCAUCAUAUGUCUCACAGAUGGGAAUGACGACGGGUCCAUGACGGAACCCGAUGCUGUCGCCACCAGACUCAUGAGAUUGAACAUCGUCGUUGAUUCCAUCAUUGUUGGAAAGGCGGACAACAAUGUGCUGCGCGGAAUCAGCAAUGCGACAGGAGGAUGUUGUUUCAAACCAGAGAACAGUAAAGCUGGGCUGAAGCUCUUUGAAAUGGAAACUGUCCUGUCAUUGGAGAUAAGGAAGCUAAAAAAGAAAUUGGACCCAUCUUACAUAAAGAGCGAGAGAAUGCUAGUUUCUCUUUUCGCCAACCGUAACUAUGAUGAGAAGCCGGAGGUUGCUCUUCCAAGUGGAAUAAAACUGAAAGUGACUGAGACCGAGAACAUACUGAAAAAAAAGAUCCUGGAAUCGAAGAGCAGACAAUUUUUGGAGAAGGACAAGCGCAUUUUGGAAGAGCUGAAGAGCCUGCACUGUGACCCACAUCCAUUCUGCACAGUUUUGCCAUCAGAGUCAGACUUCACGUUUUGGAAGAUUCUCCUGCAGGGGCCACCUGACACGCCUUACGAGGAUGGAGUGUUUGAACUGUACUGUCAGUUUGGCGCCGAGUACCCAGUCAAACCUCCACUAAUGCGCUUUGUCACACCUGUGUACCACUGCAACAUUAACUCUGUGGGCCGAAUAUGCCACAACAUAUUUGACCGCAGCUACAGCGCUCAUGUAACCAUGAGAGAGAUCUUGGAUGCUGUGUAUGGCGUACUCAUCGUCCCCGAACCUGAAGACCCACUGGACAGCAUUUUGGCAGAGGAGUACCUGACCAGUAGAGGAGUGUAUGAGGAAGAGGCCAAGAGAAACACAGAGAUGGUGGCAGGCCAUUCGUUGGGUGACAUUGAGAAGAAAUUGUUGGGUGAAGAGUUAACUGAGAAGUUCGUACCUUCGCACCUGACUUGUCCUCUAACAAACAAGCUGUUUGUUGAUCCAGUGAAAACCCCCACUGGAACGGUGUAUGAAAGAAAUGCCAUUGAGAGACAUUUAAAGAGACGAUGGAUUGGGACUGAUCCAAAAACAAAUACAAACAUGACAAGAUCUGACCUUAAGCCAUACCAAGAAAUGAGAAAAAUGGUGAGGGACUAUCGCCAACAGCAAAUUCAGGAGAACGAUGUUUAAAACACAGCAUUUUUUUAAAAAUGUUUUUCAGUGAAACGUCAUUAAUGAUGAUGGAUCUACAGUGGCCUACUGGGUGAGGAACAAAAGUAUGUUCAAAAUUAUAUAUAACUGACGUUUGUAUGGACACUUUUUGAGUGUUGCAAGUAUAGUAUAAUUUUCUUGUAAACUCUUGUCCACCUGUUGACUUUCUAGGUAUUAAAUGUGUUGUGUACUACAGUUUAAUUGCAAAUAGGACAUUCCCAGUGUGAUAUGGUGCUCUGUUUUGUUUGUUUUUUUAUGAGGAAUGUCCAUAUUAAUCAUAGUGAAGGAGUGGUUCAAUCUUCAACAGCAAAACUAAGGGUAUGUUAUCCACCAUGCCAUGCUGGCUGUUAUUUUAGAAGAGCAGCUCUCUGUAACAUGCCUUUUCAUUGUUUUAUGCUUCCAUGUUUGGCCACUUGGUGGUGCAGCUAUAUUACACAAUUGCCAUUUAGUUGAGUUGUCUGUAUCCUGAUGUGGGACAAUUCAUCCCACAUGUAAUGGAGACCUGUAUGUGGUGG